AAGCAGCCCGGGUCUGACGGUCCUGGGUGUGCGUUAUAGCCGCCUUUGGGUCGCGGGCGCGGGAAUGCACCAGCGCGCCAGUUCUGCCCUCCGGGCCCCUUCUCGCGCCGUGCUGGGUGGACUCCCCUCACCAGGACCAGCGAUGGAAGUAUGAUGUGAUGGAUAUAACUAUGGGAUACUGUGUGGGUACACGGCCUCCUCCUUCUUGCCUCAUCCUCCUGCUUCUCAAGCUUUUGGCCACUGUCUCCCAGGGACUUCCAGGGACUGGGCCCCUGGGCUUCCACUUCACACAUUCCAUUUAUAAUGCUACAGUGUACGAGAACUCAGCAGCAAGGACCUACAUCAACAGCCAGAGUAGAAUGGGCAUCACCUUGAUAGAUCUAUCCUGGGAUAUCAAAUACAGAAUAGUAUCUGGAGACGAGGAAGGCUUUUUCAAAGCAGAGGAAGUCAUCAUUGCAGAUUUCUGUUUUCUCAGAAUAAGAACUAAAGGUGGCAAUUCUGCCAUAUUGAAUAGGGAAAUUCAGGACAAUUAUUUAUUGAUAGUGAAAGGUUCUGUCAGAGGAGGGGAUUUGGAAGCAUGGACCAAAGUGAAUAUACAGGUUUUAGAUAUGAAUGAUCUAAGACCGUUAUUUUCACCCACAACAUACUCUGUUACAAUAGCAGAAAGCACACCUUUAAGGACUAGUGUCGCCCAGGUGACAGCAACAGAUGCCGAUAUCGGUUCCAAUGGAGAAUUCUACUACUACUUUAAAAACAAAGUUGAUCUCUUUUCAGUUCACCCCACAAGUGGUGUCAUCUCUUUAAGUGGACGAUUAAAUUAUGAUGAAAAGAAUAGGUAUGAUCUGGAAAUUUUGGCUGUGGACCGGGGAAUGAAACUCUAUGGAAACAACGGAGUGAGCAGUACUGCAAAGCUUUAUGUUCACAUUGAACGUGUAAAUGAACAUGCCCCAACUAUCCACGUUGUCACUCAUAUUCCUUUCUCACUGGACAAGGAGCCGACAUAUGCUGUGGUGACAGUCGAUGACCUAGAUGAGGGGGCCAAUGGAGAGAUUGAGUCUGUUUCCAUUGUGGCUGGGGAUCCUUUAGAUCAGUUCUUCCUGGCUAAGGAAGGAAAGUGGAUGAACGAGUACAAGAUUAAGGAGAGAAAGCAGGUAGACUGGGAGAGCUUUCCCUAUGGCUACAAUCUCACUCUUCAAGCAAAAGACAAGGGGUCACCUCAGAAAUUUUCCACAGUAAUGAUAGUCCACAUCACCAACCCCAAAAGAGACACUGUCCCAGUUAGAUUUGAAAAAGAAAUGUAUGACGUGAGCAUUAGUGAAUUUUCCCCUCCUGGUGUCGUGGUUGCUAUAGUAAAAUUAAGUCCUGAACCGCUAGAUGUGGAAUACAAAUUAUCUCCCGGUGAGGAUGCCCAGUACUUCAAAAUUAAUCCUCGGUCAGGUCUGAUUGUCACAGCACAGCCACUGAAUACUGUUAAGAAGGAGGUUUAUAAACUGGGGGUGACAAACAAGGAAGGAGAUUUAAAAGCACAAGUCACUAUCAGCAUAGAAGACGCCAACGACCACACCCCAGAAUUUCAGCAGCCCCUGUAUGAUGCUUUUGUGAAUGAAAGCGUUCCGGUGGGCACGACCGUUCUCGUGGUUUCAGCUUCUGAUAAAGAUAAAGGAGAAAAUGGGUACAUCACUUAUAGUAUUGCCAGCCUCAAUUUGUUACCAUUUGCCAUUAACCAGUUUACAGGUGUUAUUAGCACAACGGAAGAACUGGAUUUUGAAUCCUCUCCAGAAAUUUACAGGUUCAUCGUAAGAGCCUCUGACUGGGGUUCUCCAUACCGCCAUGAAAGUGAGGUCAACGUCACUAUUCGAAUAGGAAAUGUCAAUGACAACAGCCCUCUCUUUGAAAAAGUGGCUUGCCAGGGAGUUAUUUCCUAUGACUUUCCAGUUGGGGGUCACAUCACAGCUGUCUCAGCAAUCGAUAUUGAUGAACUUGAACUUGUUAAGUACAAAAUCAUCUCUGGAAAUGAACUUGGUUUCUUUUAUUUAAACCCAGACUCUGGCGUUUUACAGCUUAAAAAGUCACUGAUGAAUUCUGGCGUUAAAAAUGGUAAUUUUGCCCUCAGGAUUACAGCAACCGAUGGAGAGAAUUUUGCAGAUCCCAUGUCUGUUAACAUUUCAGUCCUCCAUGGGAAGGUGUCUUCAAAGAGCUUCAGUUGUAGAGAAACUCGUGUGGCUCAAAAGCUGGCAGAGAAACUACUCAUUAAGGCAAAAGCAAACGGUAAGCUGAAUCUGGAAGAUGGAUUUCUUGACUUUUAUUCAAUUAAUAGGCAGGGACCACAUUUUGACAAGUCAUUUCCUUCUGAUGUGGCUGUGAAGGAGAAUCUGCCAGUUGGUGCUAACAUCCUGAGGAUUAAAGCCUAUGAUGCCGACUCUGGCUUCAAUGGAAAGGUGCUAUUUACAAUAUCUGAUGGAAAUACAGAUAGUUGCUUUAAUAUUGAUAUGGAGACUGGGCAACUUAAAGUCCUUAUGCCUAUGGAUCGAGAACACACAGACCUCUAUCUCCUUAAUAUCACCAUCUACGACUUAGGUAACCCACAAAAAUCUUCAUGGAGGUUGCUCACCAUCAAUGUGGAGGAUGCGAAUGACAAUAGCCCGAUUUUUCUUCAAGACAGUUACUCAGUUAACAUUCUUGAAAGUUCAAGUAUUGGUACUGAGAUUAUUCAAGUGGAAGCCAGAGACAAAGACUUGGGUUCUAAUGGUGAGGUGACUUAUUCAGUCUUGACAGAUACGCAGCAGUUUGCCAUCAAUAGCUCAACUGGAAUCGUUUAUGUAGCUGACCAAUUGGACAGGGAAUCCAAAGCAAACUACUCUUUAAAAAUAGAAGCCAGAGACGGGGCAGAAAGUGGCCAGCAGCUGUUUUCGGUUGUCACUCUUAAGGUUUUUUUGGAUGAUGUCAAUGACUGCUCCCCAGCUUUCAUUCCUAGUAGCUAUAGUGUGAAGGUUCUUGAAGAUCUCCCCGUUGGCACUGUCAUUGCUUGGCUAGAGACCCACGAUCCAGAUCUUGGACUGGGGGGUCAAGUGCGCUAUUCUUUGGUCAAUGACUAUAAUGGGAGAUUUGAAAUUGAUAAAGCAAGCGGUGCCAUCCGCUUGAGCAAAGAGCUCGACUAUGAAAAGCAGCAGUUCUAUAAUCUCACAGUUCGGGCCAAAGACAAAGGGCGACCUGUCUCUCUGUCAUCUGUUUCCUUCGUUGAGGUAGAAGUGGUGGAUGUCAAUGAAAACCUCCAUACUCCCUAUUUCCCAGACUUUGCUGUUGUUGGAUCUGUAAAAGAAAACUCACGUAUUGGAACAAGUGUGCUACAGGUGACUGCCCAAGAUGAGGACUCCGGGAGGGAUGGAGAGAUCCAGUACUCCAUCAGGGAUGGCAGUGGUCUUGGAAGGUUCAAUAUAGAUGAUGAGAGUGGAGUCAUCUCUACUGCAGACAUUCUUGAUCGCGAGACAACAGGGUCGUACUGGCUGACAGUGUAUGCCACGGAUCGGGGCGUUGUUCCACUCUAUUCCACUAUUGAGGUCUACAUUGAAAUUGAAGAUGUGAAUGACAAUGCCCCGCUGACCUCGGAACCUAUUUAUUAUCCUGUUGUCAUGGAAAACUCUCCGAAGGAUGUAUCUGUCAUUCAGAUCCAGGCUGAGGAUCCUGACUCCAGUUCCAAUGAAAAACUGACAUACAGGAUUACAAGUGGGAAUCCUCAGAAUUUUUUUGCCAUGAAUAUCAAAACAGGUCUGAUUACAACCACUUCAAGGAAAUUGGAUCGAGAACAGCAGGCAGAACAUUUUCUGGAGGUGACCGUGACAGAUGGUGGUUCCUCUCCAAAACAGUCAACCAUUUGGGUGGUGGUUCAGGUUCUGGAUGAAAAUGACAACAAGCCCCAGUUCCCAGAGAAGGUCUACCAGAUCAAGCUGCCGGAACGUGACCGGAAGAAGAGGGGAGAACCCAUUUACAGAGCUUUUGCGUUUGAUAGAGAUGAGGGCCCCAACGCAGAAAUCUCCUACAGUAUCGUGGAUGGAAAUGAUGAUGGAAAGUUCUUUAUUGACCCUAAAACUGGCAUGGUUUCUUCCCGAAAGCAAUUUACAGCAGGGAGUUAUGACAUUCUAACGAUAAAGGCGGUGGACAAUGGGCGCCCACAGAAAUACUCCACAGCCCGCCUCCACAUUGAGUGGAUUAAGAAACCACCCCCUUCACCUAUACCGUUGACCUUCGAUGAGCCGUUUUAUAACUUCACAGUCAUGGAAAGUGAUAGAGUCACCGAGAUUGUGGGGGUGGUGUCUGUGCAGCCAGCUAACACUCCUCUGUGGUUUGACAUAGUUGGGGGGAAUUUUGACAGCUCUUUUGACGCAGAGAAGGGUGUUGGGACUAUUGUCAUUGCAAAACCUUUGGAUGCGGAGCAGAGGUCCGUCUAUAACAUGAGUGUGGAAGUCACCGAUGGAACAAAUGUUGCUGUCACUCAGGUAUUCAUCAAAGUGCUGGAUAAUAAUGAUAAUGGCCCAGAAUUCUCUCAGCCAAAUUACGAUGUGACAAUUUCCGAGGAUGUGCUUCCAGAUACAGAGAUCUUGCAGAUUGAAGCCACAGAUAGAGACGAGAAGCACAAGCUGAGCUAUACUGUCCACAGCAGCAUCGACUCCGUCAGCAUGAGAAAAUUCCGGAUUGACCCCAGCACUGGCGUGCUCUACACUGCUGAGAGACUGGACCAUGAGGCCCAGGACAAGCACAUUCUCAACAUAAUGGUCAGAGAUCAGGAGUUUCCUUAUCGAAGAAACUUGGCCCGAGUCAUUGUGAAUGUGGAAGAUGCUAAUGAUCACAGUCCUUAUUUUACCAACCCACUGUAUGAAGCAUCUGUGUUUGAAUCGGCUGCUCUGGGAUCAGCUGUUCUGCAAGUGACGGCUUUGGACAAAGACAAAGGGGAAAAUGCAGAACUCAUAUAUACCAUAGAAGCAGGGAACACUGGGAACACAUUUAAGAUCGAACCAGUCCUGGGCAUCAUCACUGUUUCCAAAGAACCAGACAUGACAACGAUGGGCCAGUUUGUCCUUUCGGUCAAAGUCACAGAUCAGGGUUCCCCGCCGAUGUCUGCCACUGCAAUUGUGCGCAUCUCUGUCACCAUGUCUGAUAAUUCUCACCCCAAGUUCACUCAGAAAGACUACCAAGCAGAGGUAAAUGAAAAUGUUGAUAUUGGAACAUCAGUCAUUCUAAUCUCUGCCAUCAGUCAAUCUACCCUCAUUUAUGAAAUCAAAGAUGGGAACAUUGAUGGGAUCUUUACCAUAAAUCCAUAUUCUGGAGUCAUCACCACUCGGAAGGCACUGGAUUAUGAGCGCACGUCCUCUUAUCAGCUCAUCGUUCAAGCCACUAACAUGGCAGGAAUGGCCUCCAAUGCCACAGUCAAUAUUCAGAUUGUUGAUGAAAAUGAUAAUGCCCCAGUUUUUCUCUUUUCUCAGUAUUCAGGCAGCCUAAGUGAAGCUGCCCCAGUCAAUAGCAUUGUCAGGAGCAUGGAUAACAGCCCACUAGUGAUUCGAGCCACUGAUGCUGACAGCAACCGGAAUGCUCUGCUUGUGUAUCAGAUUGUGGAGUCCACGGCCAAGAAGUUCUUCACUGUGGACUCCAAUACAGGUGCAAUCAGAACAAUUGCCAACCUGGACCAUGAAACCAUUGCCCAUUUCCAUUUUCAUGUGCAUGUGAGAGACAGUGGUAGCCCCCAGCUGACUGCAGAGAGUCCCGUUGAGGUGAACAUAGAAGUGACAGAUGUGAAUGAUAACCCACCUGUUUUCACUCAGGCUGUGUUUGAGACUGUCUUACUUUUACCUACCUAUGUUGGAGUGGAGGUUCUGAAAGUUAGUGCUAUGGAUCCUGACUCCGAGGUGCCACCUGAACUGACAUACAGCCUAAUGGAAGGCAGCUUGGAUCAUUUUUUAAUUGACUCAAAUAGUGGAGUGCUGACCGUAAAAAACAACAACCUUUCCAAAGAUCACUAUAUGCUGAUAGUUAAAGUGUCUGACGGAAAGUUCUACAGUACAUCCAUGGUCACCAUCUUGGUUAAAGAAGCCAUGGACAGCGGCCUCCACUUUACACAAAGCUUUUACUCCACCUCGAUCUCAGAGAACAACACUAACAUAACCAAAGUUGCAAUCGUCAAUGCCGUUGGAAAUCGCCUUAAUGAGCCCUUAAAAUAUAGCAUCUUAAACCCAGGAAAUAAGUUCAAGAUAAAAUCUACCUCAGGGGUCAUUCAGACCACCGGAGUCCCCUUUGACCGUGAAGAACAAGAGUUAUAUGAGCUGGUGGUGGAAGCCAGCCGCGAGCUGGACCAUCUGCGUGUGGCUAGAGUGGUGGUCAGGGUUAACAUUGAAGACAUAAACGACAACUCUCCAGUCUUUGUGGGCCUCCCUUACUAUGCUGCUGUGCAAGUUGAUGCUGAGCCUGGGACUCUGAUUUACCAGGUGACAGCCAUUGACAAAGAUAAAGGUGCAAAUGGAGAAGUGACCUAUGUCCUACAGGAUGACUAUGGCCACUUUGAAAUUAACCCUAAUUCAGGGAAUGUUAUUUUAAAAGAAGCAUUCAAUUCUGACUUGUCCAACAUUGAGUAUGGAGUCACCAUCCUAGCCAAAGAUGGUGGAAAACCCUCUUUGUCCACUUCUGUGGAACUUCCCAUCACUAUUGUCAACAAAGCAAUGCCUGUGUUUGAUAAGCCCUUUUAUACAGCAUCCAUCAACGAAGACAUCAGAAUGGACACCCCCAUUCUAAGCAUCAACGCCACCAGUCCAGAAGGCCAAGGCAUAAUAUAUAUCAUUAUUGAUGGGGAUCCUUAUAAACAAUUUAAUAUUGACUUUGACACUGGGGUACUGAAAGUUGUUAGCCCUUUGGAUUAUGAAAUUACAUCUGUUUACAAGCUGACAGUAAGAGCCAGUGAUGCCCUUACUGGUGCCAGGGCUGAAGUCACCGUUGACAUGUUAGUUAAUGAUGUAAAUGACAACCCCCCUAUUUUCGAUCAACUCACAUAUAAUACAACAUUAUCUGAAGCAUCCCUCAUUGGAACACCUGUUUUGCAAGUUGUCUCUACUGAUGCAGACUCAGAAAACAAUAAAAUGGUACAUUAUCAGAUUGUCCAGGAUACUUACAACAGCACAGAUUAUUUUCACAUAGACAGUGCAAGUGGCUUAAUACUGACAGCACGGAUGCUGGACCAUGAGUUAGUGCAACACUGCACUUUGAAAGUCAGAGCAACAGAUAAUGGCUUCCCAUCACUCAGCAGCGAGGUCCUGGUUCAUAUCUACAUCUCAGACGUAAAUGACAACCCUCCAGUUUUUAAUCAGCUCAUUUAUGAGUCCUAUGUGAGUGAAUUAGCCCCCCGGGGCCAUUUUGUAACCUGUGUGCAAGCCUCUGAUGCAGACAGCUCUGAUUUUGACCGGUUGGAAUAUAGCAUUUUAUCUGGGAAUGACCGGACAAGCUUUCUGAUGGACAGCAAGAGUGGCAUCAUCACACUGUCCAACCACCGGAAGCAGCGGAUGGAGCCUCUGUACAGUCUCAAUGUGUCAGUCUCUGAUGGGUUGUUCACCAGCACUGCACAGGUGCAUAUCAGGGUACUAGGGGCUAACCUGUACAGCCCUGCCUUUUCACAAAACACCUAUGUAGCUGAGGUGAGAGAGAAUGCGGCUGCUGGGACAAAGGUAAUUCACGUUCGAGCCACGGACGGGGACCCAGGGACAUAUGGGCAGAUCAGCUACACCAUCAUCAAUGACUUUGCUAAGGAUAGAUUCCUCAUAGACAGCAAUGGACAGGUCAUCACAACAGAAAGACUCGACAGGGAAAACCCUCUGGAAGGAGACAUCAGCAUUUUUUUGAGGGCCCUCGAUGGUGGAGGGAGAACAACUUUCUGCACCGUGAGGGUGAUUGUUGUGGAUGAAAAUGACAAUGCUCCCCAGUUCCUAACAGUGGAAUACAGAGCCAGCGUCAGGGCAGAUGUUGGAAGGGGACACUUGGUCACUCAGGUUCAAGCCAUGGAUCCAGACGAUGGAGCAAAUUCAAGGAUUGCUUAUUCCCUGUAUAGCGAGGCCUCAGUCUCGGUGGCUGACCUCCUGGAAAUCGAUCCUGACAAUGGCUGGAUGGUGACAAAGGGCAAUUUUAACCAGCUGAAAAACACAGUACUGUCAUUCUUUGUCAAAGCAGUAGAUGGCGGCAUUCCAGUAAAGCACUCCCUCAUUCCUGUCUAUAUCCACGUCUUGCCCCCUGAAACAUUCUUGCCUGCAUUCACCCAGUCUCAAUAUUCUUUUACCAUUUCAGAAGAUACAGCCAUUGGGAGCACGGUGGACACCCUGAGGAUUUUGCCCAGCCAGAAUGUCAGGUUCAGCAUGGUUAAUGGGGAACGACUAGAAAAUAACAAAGGGGGUGUCUUCAUCAUAGAACAGGAAACAGGCACGAUCAAGCUUGACAAACGCCUUGAUCAUGAAAUCAGCCCAGCUUUCCACUUUAAAGUAGCAGCCACUAUACCUCUGGACAAGGUAGACAUUGUGUUUACCGUAGAUGUAGAUAUCAAGGUAUUGGAUUUGAAUGACAACAAGCCAGUCUUUGAAACUUCAAGCUAUGAGACGAUCAUAAUGGAAGGGAUGCCUAUUGGCACCAAACUCACACAGGUGAGAGCUAUCGAUAUGGAUUGGGGAGCCAAUGGGCAGGUCACUUACUCCCUUCACUCGGAUUCCCAGCCCGAAAAGGUAAUGGAAGCCUUCAAUAUUGACAGCAACACAGGCUGGAUCAGUACCUUAAAGGACCUGGAUCAUGAGACAGACCCCGCAUUCACCUUCUCUGUGGUGGCCUCUGACCUCGGAGAGGCCUUCUCUCUUUCUUCCACGGCUUUGGUCUCUGUCAGGGUGACAGAUAUAAAUGACAAUGCACCAGUCUUUGCCCAUGAGGUGUACCGAGGGAAUGUGAAAGAGAGCGACCCACCGGGCGAGGUAGUGGCCGUCCUCAGCACGUGGGACAGAGACACUUCCGACAUUAAUCGCCAAGUGAGCUACCACAUUACAGGAGGGAACCCUCGAGGAAGGUUUGCCCUGGGCCUGGUGCAGAGUGAGUGGAAGGUUUAUGUGAAGAGACCUCUAGAUAGAGAGGAACAAGACAUUUACUUCCUCAAUAUCACUGCCACCGACGGGCUCUUUGUCACGCAGGCCAUGGUCGAAGUGACUGUCAGUGAUGUGAAUGACAACAGCCCAGUGUGUGAUCAGGUUGCAUAUACAGCAUUAUUUCCCGAAGACAUUCCAUCAAAUAAAAUCAUCUUGAAGGUCAGUGCUAAGGAUGCCGAUAUUGGAUCCAAUGGAGAUAUACGAUAUUCACUCUAUGGAUCUGGAAACAAUGAAUUUUUUCUAGAUCCAGAAAGUGGUGAGUUAAAAACCUUGGCUCAGUUGGACCGGGAGAGGGUCCCUGUGUACAGCCUGAUUGCCAGGGCCACCGACGGGGGUGGCAGGUUCUGCCAAUCUGAUGUCCACCUGAUCCUGGAAGACGUGAAUGAUAACCCCCCUGUGUUUUCUUCCGACCACUACAAUGCCUGUGUCUAUGAGAACACGGCCACCAAGGCUCUGUUGACCAGAGUUCAAGCCACGGAUCCCGACGUCGGCAUCAACAGGAAAGUCGUGUACUCCCUGGCCGACUCGGCCGAUGGUUUCUUCUCCAUUGACAGCUCAUCUGGCAUCAUCAUCCUGGAGCAGCCACUGGACCGAGAGCAGCAGUCCUCCUACAACAUCAGCGUGCAAGCCACCGACCAGAGCCCUGGACAGGCCCUGUCCUCUCUUGCCACUGUCACCAUCACUGUCCUGGACAUUAAUGACAACCCCCCUGUGUUUGAAAGGAGGGACUACCUGGUGACAGUGCCUGAGGACACCUCCCCUGGCACACAAGUCCUUGCUGUUUUUGCCACCAGCAAAGACAUCGGUACAAAUGCUGAGAUUACCUAUCUCAUCCGGUCUGGGAAUGAACAAGGGAAAUUUAGAAUCAACCCAAAGACAGGGGGUAUUUCUGUCUCUGAAGUCCUGGACUAUGAAUUAUGCAAAAAAUUUUACCUCGUGGUGGAAGCCAAAGAUGGGGGCACCCCAGCUCUCAGUGCUGUGGCCACAGUGAGCAUCAACCUCACAGAUGUGAAUGACAACCCUCCCAGGUUCAGCCAAGAUGUCUACAGUGCUGUCAUAAGUGAAGAUGCCUUGGUCGGGGACUCUGUCAUUUUGCUAAUAGCAGAAGAUGCAGAUAGCCAGCCCAACGGACAGAUUCAUUUUUCGAUUGUGAGUGGAGAUCGGGACAAUGAAUUUGCUGUGGAUCCUGUCUUGGGACUUGUGAAGGUUAAGAAGAAAUUAGACCGGGAACGGGUGUCUGGAUACUCCCUGCUCGUCCAGGCAGUAGACAGCGGCACUCCUGCGAUGUCAUCAACUGCCACUGUCAACAUUGACAUUUCUGAUGUGAACGACAACAGCCCGGUCUUUACACCUGCUAACUAUACCGCUGUGAUUCAGGAAAAUAAGCCAGUAGGCACCAGCAUCUUGCAGCUGGUGGUGACAGACAGGGACUCCUUUCACAAUGGGCCUCCCUUCUCGUUCUCUAUUUUGUCGGGAAACGAAGAGGAGGGGUUCACAUUGGACCCGCAUGGGAUCCUGCGGUCAGCCGUGGUCUUCCGGCACAUGGAGUCUCCGGAAUACGUGCUGUGUGUCCAGGCAAAAGACUCAGGCAAACCUCAGCAAGUUUCUCACUCCUACAUCCGCGUGAAGGUCAUCGAGGAAAGUACCCACAAACCGACAGCCAUCCCCCUGGAAAUUUUCAUUGUCACCAUGGAGGACGACUUUCCUGGUGGGGUCAUUGGGAAGAUCCAUGCCACAGAUCAAGACAUGUAUGAUGUGCUCACGUUUGCCCUGAAAUCGGAGCAGAAAAGCUUGUUCAAAGUGAAUAGUCACGAUGGGAAAAUCAUCGCCCUGGGAGGCCUGGACAGCGGCAAGUAUGUCCUGAAUGUGUCAGUGAGUGAUGGCCGCUUCCAGGUGCCCAUCGAUGUGGUCGUGCACGUGGAGCAGCUGGUGCACGAGAUGCUGCAGAACACCGUGACCAUUCGCUUUGAGAAUGUGUCCCCCGAGGACUUUGUGGGACUGCACAUGCAUGGGUUCCGGCGCACCCUGAGGAACGCAGUCCUUACCCAGAAGCAGGACAGCCUCCGCAUCAUCAGCAUCCAGCCCGUGGCGGGCACCAACCAGCUGGAUAUGCUGUUUGCGGUAGAGAUGCACAGCAGUGAGUUCUACAAGCCAGCCUACCUAAUCCAGAAGCUGUCCAAUGCUAGGAGACAUCUGGAGAACGUCAUGCGCAUCUCAGCCAUCCUGGAGAAGAACUGCUCAGGGCUGGAGUGUCAGGAGCAGCAUUGUGAGCAAGGCUUGUCACUGGAUUCCCAUGCACUCAUGACCUACAGCACGGCUCGCAUCAGCUUCGUGUGUCCGCGUUUCUACAGGAAUGUGCGUUGCACCUGUAAUGGUGGACUGUGCCCGGGGUCCAACGAUCCUUGUGUGGAGAAGCCGUGUCCAGGGGACAUGCAGUGUGUCGGCUACGAAGCCAGCAGGAGACCAUUCCUCUGCCAGUGUCCACCAGGGAAGCUCGGAGAGUGCUCAGGGCACACCUCUCUCAGCUUUGCUGGAAACAGUUACAUCAAAUACCGGCUUUCUGAAAAUAGCAAAGAAGAGGACUUUAAGCUAGCUCUGCGUCUGCGAACCCUGCAAAGCAACGGGAUUAUAAUGUACACCAGAGCAAAUCCCUGCAUCAUUCUGAAGAUUGUGGACGGUAAGCUGUGGUUCCAGUUGGACUGCGGCAGUGGCCCCGGCAUCUUGGGCAUCUCGGGCCGCGCUGUCAACGACGGGAGCUGGCACUCGGUCUUCCUGGAGCUCAACCGCAAUUUCACCAGCCUGUCCUUGGACGACAGCUACGUGGAGCGGCGCAGGGCGCCCCUCUACUUCCAGACGCUGAGCACCGAGAGCACCAUCUACUUCGGGGCCCUGGUGCAGGCGGAUAACAUCCGCAGCUUGACCGACACGCGUGUUACGCAGGUGUUGAGCGGCUUCCAGGGCUGCCUGGACUCGGUGGUGCUGAACAACAACGAGCUCCCGCUGCAGAACAAGCGCAGCAGCUUCGCGGAGGUGGUGGGCCUGACCGAGCUGAAGCUGGGCUGCGUGCUCUACCCCGACGCCUGCCAGCGCAGCCCGUGUCAGCACGGGGGCAGCUGCGCCGGCCUGCCCUCCGGGGGUUAUCAGUGUACCUGCCUCUCACAGUUCACUGGGAAAAACUGUGAAUCGGAGAUCACAGCCUGCUUCCCAAACCCCUGCCGAAACGGAGGCUCCUGCGACCCAAUAGGAAACACUUUCAUCUGCAACUGCAAAGCUGGGCUCACUGGAGUCACGUGUGAGGAGGACGUCAACGAGUGCGAGCGGGAGGAGUGUGAGAACGGGGGCUCCUGCGUCAACAUAUUUGGCUCCUUCCUCUGUAACUGCACCCCGGGCUUUGUGGGACAGUACUGCGGGCUGCGCCCCGUGGUGGUGCCCAACAUCCAGGCCGGCCACUCCUACGUGGGGAAGGAGGAGCUCAUUGGCAUCGCGGUGGUCCUCUUCGUCAUCUUCAUUUUGAUCGUCCUGUUCAUCGUCUUCCGCAAGAAGGUCUUCCGCAAGAACUACUCCCGUAACAACAUCACGCUGGUGCAGGACCCCGCCACAGCCGCGCUGCUCAACAAGAGCAACGGCAUCCCGUUCAGGAACCUGCGGGGCGGCGGGGAUGGCCGCAACGUCUACCAGGAGGUGGGGCCCCCGCAGGUGCCUGUGCGCCCCAUGGCCUACACCCCGUGCUUCCAGAGCGACUCCAGGAGCAACCUGGAUAAGAUCGUGGACGGGCUGGGGAGUGAGCACCAGGAGAUGACCACGUUUCACCCUGAGUCACCACGCAUCCUGACAGCCAGGCGGGGUGUGGUUGUGUGCAGCGUGGCUCCCAACCUCCCUGCCGUGUCUCCCUGCCGCUCUGACUGCGAUUCCAUCCGCAAGAAUGGCUGGGAUGCAGGAACUGAAAACAAAGGGGUUGAUGACCCGGGAGAAGUGACCUGCUUUGCAGGCAGCAAUAAAGGCAGCAACUCUGAAGUUCAGUCCUUGAGCUCCUUCCAGUCGGAUUCUGGCGAUGACAAUGCAUCCAUAGUGACUGUCAUUCAACUUGUCAACAAUGUAGUUGACACUAUAGAGAAUGAAGUGUCUGUCAUGGAUCAAGGACAGAACUACAACCGAGCCUAUCACUGGGACACCUCUGACUGGAUGCCAGGGGCCCGCCUGUCAGACAUAGAAGAAGUACCCAACUAUGAGAACCAGGAGGGAGGGUCUGCACACCAGGGCAGCACACGGGAGCUGGAGAGCGAUUACUACCUGGGCGGCUAUGACAUCGACAGCGAGUACCCACCUCCUCAUGAAGAGGAGUUCUUGAGUCAGGACCAGCUGCCCCCUCCCCUGCCAGAGGACUUCCCGGACCAAUACGAGGCCCUGCCGCCCUCCCAGCCUGUCUCCCUGGCCAGCACGCUGAGCCCAGACUGCAGGAGAAGGCCCCAGUUCCAUCCUAGCCAGUACCUUCCUCCUCACCCAUUCCCCAAUGAAACAGAUUUGGUGGGCCCGCCUGCCAGCUGUGAAUUUAGUACUUUUGCUGUGAGCAUGAACCAGGGCACAGAGACAGCAGGCCCAGCAGACAGUGUGUCUCUAUCCUUGCACAAUUCCAGAGGCACCUCGUCCUCAGAUGUGUCAGCAAACUGCGGCUUUGACGAUUCCGAAGUAGCCAUGAGUGACUAUGAGAGCGUGGGAGAGCUCAGCCUCGCCAGCCUUCACAUUCCCUUUAUCGAGACUCAGCACCAGACCCAAGUGUAGAGGACGCACUUCAAGGGCUUUGUGCUGUUUGUUACAGAAAAGGAGAAGAGAACUGGCUGGGCUUGUGUCUCCAUGGAGAGUGGUGUGUUGAGCAAGAAGGAAAUGCGGUAUUUUCCGCUAGGAACUUCUAAACAAGGCAUACUGUCACAAGCAAGCUCGACUCCAGUUGGGUGAAAAGGAACGGCGCAGAAAUUGUUUCUGAGAGGUGACUGAUAACCCUUGCAGUAUGUACCUGUGUUCAUGACCAAGAACACAUGCCGAGUUUUUCAAGGGGGAAAAAAUUUCACCCACCAGCUUAUACAGUCGGUCUUGUAUGGCUUUGCGCAGCAGUGUGCCCUGGAAAGUGUUACAGCAUCAGUCCUGCAGUAUUAAUAACUGGCAACAAGCAAAGAGGCAUUGUUGCAUGUAAUUUUGAGCCAAUGGGGGGGGAAUGAAAAUAGUAGUUAUGAUUGUCGGAAAAGUUAGUCUCUUAGGCAGAAAGAAAGAGAAACAAAUAUUAAACAAACGAAAAUGGGCUGAAGCCUUUAAAAUCAACUCUAUUUUUUUUUAAUAAGCUGCCCAAUUUUCAGCUAUAAAAUUAGGUUUGAGUAACAUGUUUAGUAUGCUUAGUUAUUUUUGUUUGUUUGUGUUAAGCAUCCGAUAUAAUAUAGUUGGGUUUUAUGAUCUCUGAGAGGGGUAUCAAUGAAGAAGAACAUGAGGACAUUUGGGUUCCAUUUUGUGGGUUGGGGAGAAGGUUAACAUUGUUUGAACAUUAGAAAGAAUGUGAUUAUCUGUUUUUUGUGUUUUCUAGUAAAUAUUCCUGGCUGUAACUAUAAUUUUAACAUUGCUGCAGAAAUAGGCCUUUGUUCUGAGAAUCAGAAAAUAAAAAGAAAAAAAGUAGCAUUUGGGGAAUUGUUCUCUAGAAUGAGAGAUAUUUAGAGGUUUAAGCAGAAUUCACAAAUUCAGAGAAAAAAAGAAAAUAUAGUACUUCUAAUGUUUUCAGGCAGAUAAUCACAAUUCUUGAUAAUGCAGAUGAAAUUUGAAUGUUAUUCUAAAUUGGUAGCGUCAUUCAUUAUAAAUGCAAUUGCGUUAAAGAAAAGAAGAAAGUAGAUUAGUUCUUGUGUAUAAAUUAUAAUAGUGUGUGUGUCUGGGCCUAUGUACAAAGGUGUGCUUGCCCUCAAUAAGGCUGCUCUUGAGGAAAGCUGACGUGAAGGAUCUAGGAUAUAGACUGAGUUGAAAAUCCUGCCAGCAAGGCAGACCUAAUUUCUCUGAUCUCUAUGAUGUUAGAGAAACACCAAAUGCCAUAUUUUACUCCAGUUCGGUUAACUUUAUUUUGGUACGGCCAUUUAUAUUAACUUCAAGCAAAGCUGUGCUUUUUAAACAACAGUAUUUUGUUAUAAUUUUCCAAAACUAAACUCUUACUUGAAAAAUGUGUAGUGUUUAAUUAUACCCUGGGGUUCUCCUCCCAUCCGACGUAUGGACUUUGGCCGUGAGUUUCCGAAACUGACAAGAGAAUCAUUCCACUGGAAAUACAGCAACCCAAUAUUCAAAGCUUAAAGUUGACAAAUUGAGUGACUUUCCUCUUCUGCUUCAAUCAGAUUAUGGCCGUGUGCACAGUGGCCACGGUAAAUAAAUGCAUAUUUGCACUAUCUGCUUAAUAUGAAAGUAUCUGUGUCCACAGUUUCUGAUAACAUAUGGCAUUGGUGUGUAAAUUGUACUGUCCUGAGUUUGUGUAUCAUCCACUCAGGCAUAUUUUUAGUUAUUUCGGUUGUAUUUAAUUCACUUCCUCGUAGGAGUCAGUGUUUCUGGAGUUCGUUGUAAAAAGAUUCCUUUCAUUCUCAAGCUUCCUGAAUACACAGAUAUACUUCACAGAUUUUUCAGUUUUUCUCCUCUUGCUGUGUCUUGGUCGGACCUGCUCCUAGAAGCAUUAUCUGCACUGUGGUCUUGAAAUAAAUGAAUUUCACUAGGGCUGCUUUUGAGAAGAAAGUCUUUGGCAUUUUUCUUAUGUAAGAAGCACGUUUGCAAGAAUCACAGAGAAAAUGACAAACUAAUGGUCUAGAAUGGAAUCACUGCUCCACUUUUAAUAAUGCAAUGACAUAAAAACCAUCAAAGUAAAACCAACAAUUCAUUUCUUGCCCCCAGGAAAUAUUAGAAUGAGAUUAAUGCCAGUGAGUCACUACUGCUUACCCAGCAUCUCCUCCAGGGAGAACGCCUGACUGACACAGUAAUGAAGGAAUAAAUAGAUCCUAAUGCGGUUGUGAAGUCACCCAAGAAAAUUGUGCCCACCCUUUUCUCUGACCUAUAUAAAAUACCUCUUUCUUCAGGAUAUCUUCCCCUGAUUUUCUCUGCAGCUAAAUGUGUACCCGAUAAGGUUGUGUUAUGUUUUGAUUCAUUACCUUUUAAACACAUGAUAUUUUUUCUCUUUUUGGAGAAUUAGAUUUCCCUGUAGAUUACAAAAUGGUUUUCAGUCAGGCCAAAAUGGAACUAGGUGGGAUGACUGCUGAUUCAGAGAGGUGGAAAGGUCUUUAAGAUCUGCUUGUCCAGCCCUCCGAUUUUGUAAAAAGAGGAAACAUGCCCAGAGAGGGGAAGGGCCUUACCCAAGCUCACAUAGAAAGUUAAGUAGCUAAAAAGGGACUAAAAUCCAUCCAUUUGGCCAAUAUUCCUUCUGUAUAAAUUGUUCACCUCUAAACUGCCUGGGGCGUGGUAUCUGCCUGCUUCUGCGGGACUUCCUGGCUUCCCAUCAUUCCUGCUUUGGAAUAUUCUAGAAAAGGGAACUCAUGGAGAUUAUUUCUCUGGCAGCCUCAUGAUCUCAUGUUUCCUUGCAGCCCCCUAGGAAGGGUGCAGAUACAGAAGUCACACAUUUCUUUGGACAUUUCUCAAAAUGCUGCUUUUGCCAAAUGAGUGUUUUCUAAAAUGAAGAUGGAAUGAUAAUUGUAGAAUGGAACUCAGAUCAGUCAUCAGUUGUAGUGAAACUUUUAUUAUAAUUUUAUCCACUAGGUACAUUUUUGUUUCUCUUUUGAUUUCCCCCUACCAGUCCUGGUGUUUCUUCCUACCCCCUCCACCAUGAGGAACCACGUGGAAAAUACUUAAACCAAUUAACGUCUUUCUGUUUUUUCUAACACGUAUGUGCCACCUCCUGGAAGCCAUUUUCCAUAGCCUGUUGUAGGCACUUUACUUGUAUUGCACACAUUGUGGUUAGAUUGCGAGUGGCUGGACUGUUGAUCUUUGUCAUGUAGUAAGCAGAAGCUAUGGUGCUGUAAGAGAUGAAUAAAGUAGGUUAAUUUAUUCACUUUCUUCUACAAAUAUUUUGCUGCUGAGUUCCAUUCCGUGUGAGCUUUCCAUGUACUCAUGUCCUGCCCAUUCAUGAAAUGCCAUUGGAGAAGACUUAGUAAUAUGAAUAGGCCACGUCUAUGCAUUUUGAGGUUUGCCCUAUCAGAAUCAGUGUGAAGGCCUGGAAAGGGAAUUAAUGAUGCAUUGCUGGAACUUUCCUGGAAUUUCCCUUUGGAAUCACUAGCACAGCCUAGAAAAAAGCAAGUAAGAGAUAUAUGUCAUCAGCCAACUCCUGCUUACUUCCCCCCGCCACCCCACCCACAGCCCCCACUAAUGCUGUGUCUAUAUAAUCAAAGUCAGGGGAAUUGAGAGAAGAGAUUAUCAAAAUAAAUCAUUUAAGACCCAGAAAACACUUUCAUGUGGAAUAAUUCAGGAAGAUCUAGUGUUCAUUUCACAUGGGUAGCCCAGAUAGUUGUCUGGUCUCUUCACUCUGCUGCCCUCCCAGUGGACAGAUAUUGAUAAAGUGGUUAGGCUUUUAUGUUUUAUGUUUUUAAUUUCAAACCAUGGGAAAUGGAGAUUCGAAGAGGCAUUUCUUCAGCAUCAUCAUUUUGUGUGGUCUGUGAGAAGGUGGUUCUGUGUUCUUGCUGGGUUUUGUCCUGCAACGUUCAACUGCACAUUAUUCUGGUGCAAAUCCACAGUGUCUUUAAGCUUCUGAGUGUAUAAUUCUAGGGUUUGAAGUCACCAUUUGUGGGUUUGGCAUCAGUUAAUAUUUAGCCAGCUGGCUAAGAGAUAGGAAAAGAAUAAGGUUUUCUUUCCUUAUGUAAUAAUGAAAAGCAAUAAUUACAAGUAUGUAAUAUUACACGAAGGCCAUAAUUAGUCUCUUCCGGUGUUUAGGAUGCACUAGAGAAUCAUAUAGUCAUUUGGAGCGUGUUUGGACCCAUUAGUAUGUACUGUAGUACCCUUCCAGCAAACAAAUACCUGAAUUGCUACUAUUUUAACAAUUUUAUGAGCCCAUACUACUGCAUUUCGGGAAGUGACAAAUGUGUUCAGAAAUGGAAGCAGUUCUUUUUAAGCACUGUAUCGGAGAGAUUGUCUUGUAAAUUUGCCUGUUGCAAACAGGCUGGUUUGUAAAAGAUGUAUGUUUUGGUGUUUAAAAUGUUUAUAAAAUUGUAUAUAAUGGUUUCAAUUUUCCAGGCUUUUGUAGAUACUGUAUUUGAUGCCUAUCAGGAUGCUUUAAUUUGGGGGGGGGUUGAAUAUAAUUCAAAGUCAUCCAUGCUGUUGGUCUGCAAACUUUUGAGGUAACUACACACACACACACAAAGGAUUUUAGAUUUGAAAAUGAUGUUUUUUAAUCAUUUCAAAAUGUACUGUAACCUUACUUCGGUUCUACUGUUUUCAUUUAACUUUCUCUGUUUUCAAGAAAACGUUUUUAUUGACAUUUUUUAAAAUGAGUGUGUUUUGCCCAGUUACUGAGUAUCUGAUUCUCCUGCCAUUUCAGGUUCUGAAUGAAGUAUAUCAUUUCUUCCCACACUUGUGCACUCGCCUAAACUUGCACACACAUCACACACCAAACCUUAUGCAAAGGGGAAAGCCAACACUUAAAGUGGAUCUUGUCCCUUAUGAAAAUGGAUUGUUUCUGCAUAUAUUGCUGUUGGCAGUAUUCAGUCUUGUGUUCUUUUUCUAAAAAAUGAAAGAAAAACAAAAAAAAAAGACAGCCAAAAAAAAAACCAACAGUGUACAGGUUUGUAACUGCCAAAAUUUGAUGGUUAAAACAA